AUGAGCCCCCACCGGCCGACCGGUUUGACAACAGGGGGCACAAACAAGCACACAUUACAUCUUAGGCAAUUAUUUUUAAGAUAUGAUCAGGAUGCGACCGUAGAAGAUGAUCUAUGUGAAGAAGAGAUGAAAGCACCAGACAAGCAUGUGACUCGCUCCCUCCUCUCCGCGCCGCCCCCGCUGCCGCCGUCACCCGUGCGUUUCGAAGAUUUGGUCCGCGGCGGGUUCCAGCCGCGCCUUCCGACUUCGCUGCCGCCCCCAGGGCAGCAGCAGCAGCCGUCGCCGCUACCACGCCGACAGCCCGUCCCGAUGAUGCCUCCCGCACAGCUUCAUCCUGGAGCGCCCCAGGUGGUCGCUCCGGCGCCUGCGGUCCCUCUUCAGUCGCCACCGCCUUCGGAGCUGAUGGACGUCGACCCCUCAGCCGGGCCGCCUUCCCAAGCGGUGGCUGUGCAGCCUGUCCUGCAGCCGCUUUCCUUGGGCACCCCCAAGGAGUCUGACACCGCAGCGCCUUGUCCGGCGCCCACUCAGCAGCCGUCGACGCAGCGUCAGGAGACGCUGCCUCUCUUCGUGGGUCCCGACGCCCCGUCGCGUCCAGUACCAGAAGCUGCGCCCGUGGUCACAGGCAGAGAUGAAGGAUCAAAUCAGAUUCUGAACUAA